AUGAUCCUUAACUUGUUGUGUACGUGGUUCGAACGUAUCUCCAUGCUGGUUAUUCUGCUCAACUGCGUGACGCUGGGCAUGUAUCGACCCUGCAUGGACGAGCCCUGCAACAACCCACGCUGCAAGAUUCUGGAGGUCUUUGACGAGCUCAUCUUCGCCUUCUUCACGAUAGAGAUGGCGGUCAAGAUGACUGCGAUGGGCGCGUGGGGCAAAGGUGCAUACCUUGCUGAUCCAUGGAACCGACUCGAUGCCUUCAUUGUCUUGGCCGGUGCGCUGGAGUACGGGCUGAACCUGCAGAACCUGAACCUGUCUGCCAUCCGCACCAUCCGGGUGCUGCGCCCGCUGCGCGCCAUCAACCGCAUCCCCAGUAUGCGCAUCCUGGUGAUGCUGCUACUGGACACGCUGCCCAUGCUGGGCAACGUGCUGCUACUGUGCUUCUUCGUCUUCUUCAUCUUCGGCAUCGUGGGCGUGCAGCUGUGGCAGGGCAUCCUGCGCCAGCGCUGCUUCAUGCUGAAGCGGCCAGACGUCCGAUACCCUGAGCCCCUCUCCAACUACUACCGCUACGUGGAGCAGGAGCGAGACUACAUCUGCUCGACGGCCGGCGACGCCGGCAUGCACACCUGCUCCAACCUGCCGCCGUCGCGCCACAACGGGAAGGUGUGCAACGGGACCCAACAGCCCAACAAGGACCUGACGCCCACGGACACGUGGUGCGUCAACUGGAACCAGUACUACACCGAGUGCCGCCACUCGCCGUACAACCCCUUCCAGGGCACCAUCUCCUUCGACAACAUCGGCCUCGCCUGGGUCGCCAUCUUCCUGGUGGGUGCGGUUGCUGCUCUGCAUCCUCUCCCACAUUAA